AUGGUGAGGAAAGUUCGUGUCCGCCAGGAACAUCCCGUCAACUUGUGGAGUAUAAAUGUUGUAUCAACUGUCCAGACCAGGAAACGGGAGAGGGAUGUGGUAAAACCAUACAACUGUACGGGGAUCAACGCCUGUUCGUCUGUACAAGAUUCAUCCCGACGCUUUCGUCUGAACCUUCGCGAAAAGAACAUUACUUUUCUCCCAGACAAUGUGUUUCUUGGACUUUCGGAACUUACUUACCUCGACCUUUCAAAGAACCAUAUACAAGUUCUCACCCAUAACGUGUUCAGCGGACUUUCGAAACUAACACGUCUUCAGUUGCAUAAAAACAGAAUUACCAUGCUCCCUCAUAACCUGUUUAGUGGACUAUUCCACCUUACUUAUCUCAACUUGGAGACUAACAAUAUUAUUUUGCUUCCACAUAAUGUGUUCAGUGGACUUUCUAAACUUACGAGUCUUCAUUUGCAACAAAACAGCAUAACCAACCUCCCUUAUGACGUGUUCAAUGGACUCUCUAAACUUACCCGUCUUAACCUGCAUAAAAAUAGCAUAAUCACACUCCCUAAUAACGUGUUCAGUGGACUUUCUGAACUAGUUUAUCUCGACCUGUCAUUUAACAGUAUACAAUUUCUCACUCAAAACGUCUUCCAUGGACUUUCUAAACUUAGGCGUAUUCGAUUGCAUAACAACAACCUUACCGUAGUCCCUGAGAACGUGUUCAAUGGACUAUCCCGCCUCACUUAUCUUAGAUUAGGGUCCAACAGCAUUAUCUUACUUCCUCAUAACGUGUUCAAUGGACUUUCUGAACUGAAGAGCCUUUACUUAAAUAAAAACAGCAUUACCACACUCUCACAUAACUUAUUCAGUGGACUACUCCGUUUAAUUUAUCUCAGCUUGGAGAACAACAACAUAACAACGCUCCCUCAUACCAUAUUUAAUGGACUUCCCCAACUUGUUUUUCUCGACCUUUCCUUUAACCAUAUACAAAUUUUCCCUCAUAAUGUGUUAAAGGGACUUUCCAAUUUGAAGAGUCUUUACUUGUAUAAUAAUAGUAUUACAACGCUCCCUGAUGAUGUGUUCUAUGGACUUUCUAAAUUGAAGCGUCUUCACUUGUAUAAUAACACCAUUACCACGCUCCCUCAUAACGUAUUCAAUGGAGUUUCUGCACUUUUUUUUCUCGAUCUGUCCUUUAACCGUAUACAAUUUCUUAUUUACAACGUGUUUAAAGAACUUUCUAAUCUGAGCAUUCUUCACUUGAAUAAUAACAAUAUUACCACGAUUACUCAUACCGUGUUUAAUGGACUAUUACGUCUUACCUAUCUUAGCUUGGAGAACAACAACAUUACUGUGCUUCCGCAUGAUAUAUUCAAGGGACUUGUUAAACUUACGAGCCUAAACCUGCAUAAUAACACCAUUACCACGCUCCCUCAUAACGUAUUCAAUGGAGUUUCUGCACUUUUUUUUCUCGAUCUGUCCUUUAACCGUAUACAAUUUCUUAUUUACAACGUGUUUACAGAACUUUCUAAUCUGAGCAUUCUUCACUUGAAUAAUAACAAUAUUACCACGAUUACUCAUACCGUGUUUAAUGGACUAUUACGUCUUACCUAUCUUAGCUUGGAGAACAACAACAUUACUGUGCUUCCGCAUGAUAUAUUCAAGGGACUUGUUAAUCUUACGAGCCUAAACCUGCAUAAGAACGACAUUACCACGCUCCCUAAUGACGUGUUCAAUGGUCUUUUUGAACUUGUUUAUCUUGAUCUGUCAUUUAACGGUAUAAAACGUUUUACGCAUAACUUGUUCAGUGGACUUUCUAAUCUGGCGAGUCUAAACUUAGAUAAAAACAACCUUACCACGCUUCCCCCUACCGUUUUUAAUGGACUCUCCCGUCUUACUUAUCUCAGCUUGGGGAACAAUAGCAUGUCCGUGCUUUCACAUGGAAUAUUCAAUGGACUAUCUAAACUUACUGAUCUAUAUCUGAUGUACAAUAACAUCCAAGUUCUCCAUUUCAAUCUGUUUGAUGGACUUUCUAAUCUUACUCUCAUUCAUUUGGCAUUCAACAAAAUUUCUGUUAUCCCGUUCAAUCUUUUCAAUGGACAGUCAAAGCUUAUCUAUUUGUUUCUUAACAACAACAAUAUAUCAGUUGUUCCAUACAACUCGUUCCGUGGUCUGCACCACCUACAUUAUCUCGAUUUAUCAGAUAAUAACAUAGCAAUUAUUUCAUUUGAUCUGUUCAUGGGGCUGUCAAAUCUUGUUAACCUACAUAUGCACAGCAAUGAAAUCACUGUUCUACCAUAUAAUGUUUUCUCUGGAAUAGUGGAGGGUGAUAAACACUAUAUAAACUACGAUGGAUCAACUAUCCAACCUGGUGGGCCUGUUAAUAUUCAAGUCCUUGACUUGUCAAACAAUAAAUUGGCGCAUCUACCACUUUUGCCAAAAAAUCUCUCAUAUCUAAACAUCGUGGGUAACAGGUUAGAAGUGAAGGAAAAUAUGUUUGGAGGUCUAACUAACUUGAAUAAGUUAUAUACUGAUGUUCCAUUUAUGUGUUGUGUUAAGCCCUCGUCAGUUGAAGACAUCAACUGUAUGGAAACAAAACUUCCGUUAUGGAUGUGUCUUGCAGAUGCUGAUAAAUGUAAAGCAAAAGCCGAUGCGAUAUCGUCCUGUUUUGCCUUAGUAAGUUCGACAGUAUUGAGAGUUUGCCUUUGGAUUAUUGGAAUAUGUGCUUUUAUCGGAAAUUUGGCAGUCAUAAUCUACAGACUAAUUAUCGAUAAAGAUAAUAUUACUAAAAGUUACUCAUUCUUCACUCUCAAUCUAGCUGUGUCAGAUAUACUCAUGGGUAUUUACCUACUGAUAAUAGGGGUUGUUGAUGCGUAUUACGAAGGUGUAUAUGCAUGGAAUGACCAGAAAUGGAGAAACAGUAUUUUAUGUACCAUGGCAGGUAUAUUAUCCAGUAUAUCCAGCGAGAUGUCGACAUUUAUCAUUCUGAUGGUGACGGUAGACAGACUUAUUGUCAUCAUGUUCCCUCUUUCCCGUCUCACCAGAAGGAGUAUUACAUGGAAACACGCGUUAUUUGUCUCAUUAACAUUAUGGAUUGUUGCUGUCACACUUGCUAUCAUCCCUGUUGUCACUAUACAGUCCUACUUCAAAGGAAAAUUCUACUCUCAAUCGAGUGUUUGUCUCGCCUUGCCCCUUAAAGGGGGUGCACGCCCGGGGACUGAAUAUUCCUUUGCUGUCUUUGUCUGCCUCAACAGCAUCGUAUUUUUAAUCAUUGUAGUUGGCCAGUCUUUUAUUUUCAUAAGUCUGAGGAAAAGUGGUCGCCAGAUUGCCUCAACACAGAAUCGUCAAAGAGAGAUGGCUGUAGCAACGACCCUGUUCUUCGUGGUGGCGACAGACUUUUGUUGCUGGUUUCCAAUAGGUGUAAUGGGAGUCGCAUCACGGUUUGGAAUUGAAAUACCAGAUUGGGUGUAUGCCUCGGUGAUGGUGUUCGUGCUGCCUAUCAAUGCUGCCAUCAAUCCAUUUCUGUAUACUGUUACAGCUGUUUGGAGGAGAAGAAAUCUAGCAUCCUACAAUGGACAAGUAAUAUCAGACAGUGUCGUUCAGUGUGAAUCUAACAUCGUCGGUCAGACAUCCUCCAUCAGUGAGAAAGUAGCAUCAAAGGUCCGACAACUGCCAUCAGAAGAGAAGUUACUUUAG